AUGCCCGUCUCGUCCAGCUUCCUGCCGCAGUCCAGUGCAGGGUCUCCCGACAUCUCCGCGCUUCCGCUUCCUAAGAUCCCGCCCAUCGACAACACUUACGGCGCGCUGCUUAUUGGAACGUUCAUCGGUCUCCUCCUGUACGGGGUGUCGCUCCAUCAAGGGUACCAAUAUGUACGACACCACAUGUCAGACUCGCGGUACACCAGGAGUUUCGUAUUAUUUAUCAUUGUUUUCGACACGUUCUACACUAUCCAAUCCAUGCAUAUAAGGUGCGCCUGGCUAGUCGUGCGGCACCACCUCACGUCCAAGCUCACGGCGGAUGGAAGCUAUUGGUACCUGGUAGUCAACUACUUCCGGCCAGAUCGGCUUUUUACAGGAGUUUGGUCCAUAAAUCUGUUCCCCGUCACGACAGCACUUUCCGUUAUAUUUUGUCAAUGCUUCUUCGCGCAUCGCGUCUACGUCGUCGGACGGCGUCUUAGACCACUUGUAGCGCUAGCAGCUCUAAUGUUCAUGGCAGAGUUUGGAGUUGCAAUAGCCGGCACCGUCAAAGCCUUUGUACUCCCCAACCUGAUGGAGUUUCGCAAAGUCGCGUGGACGAACUCCGCAGGCUUCACUGUCGCUGUUGUCGCAGACAUCAUGCUCACGACUGUGCUUGUGUGGGUCUUGCAUAGAAGUCGGACCGGAUUCCGACAGACUAAUUCUGCAAUCGACGUACUCAUCGCGUACUCUGUGACUACUGGGCUGAUCACGGAUAUCUUCAGCGUUGUUUGCCUAAUCCUGGCUUUUGUAGGGCCGGAAGACCUAAUUUACGCCGGGUUCGACAUAGUUUGCACGAAACUAUACGUCAACUGCGUGCUCGCAGCGAUCAAUGUCCGCCAUUCUGAGACAUUCUCGGUGCCUGUCACGGCAUCGGACGAAGAGAAUAGCGUAGGCCUCGUCAAGCUGCCUCCACUUCCUCGACCCGGCCAUCCCCCAACUGCCACUUCCCAGGGGCCCGAGUCGUCCGAGUCUACAUUGAUUCAGUCGGACACCAAAGUGUUCUUGGAUGUCAUUCACAUCAAGCCUUCAUGA